UCCAUUUCGCCCCAAUCAUUGUCUUACUCCCGAUACCAAAAGUCGCCAUCGCUCCCCAGAGUACCGCUAUUUUCGGAUAGAUGAAUUGAUCGGUCUUUCUCCCCCCGUGUGAUCGUUUUAUACGUCGUUAUCCACCAAGCAAAAAAGUUCUUUCGAUUCAAAAAAAGCACAUUGAGCGAUAUACUAUGGACCCCCCUCGACCGCAAUUCGAAACUCGCUCUCCCUCUAAUGACACCCUCCGCAGCGGAGCGCACUCGCCGCGCAUCGAACACUAUGACGGUGAAAUUCCGCCGGCGCUCUCCCCGUUAGAUGCUUUCGCCGCCCAGGGUCGGCUUUUGGCCCGGCAGCUGGAGGAGUCUGCCCGUAGAGAGCGGCGCAUGAGUAGACUUCCUCCGUCGACAGUUGCUCGUUCCUUAUCGCAGCCUCGACCGGGUUAUUUCCGUGCACCCUCCUCUGGAGAUUCCUCGCAGGGAGGACGAGGCCUGUCCAGACAGCCGACGCAAAAAGCCAAUCCCGAGGUGGAAGAACCGAAAUUUCGUCCGCAAUCUGAACACCCGCGCCUCAGCUCCGUGUCGCAUCUCGCCAGCGACGACGGACAUGCCAGUUAUUACAACGCGAACCCCAGGAGUGAGCCGGUGAUCCCUGAAGCGCCAUGUUCGGAGUCGCCCGAAGAAGAAUUGCCCGCACGAGCUGCCCCGGAACCGCCCCGUCGAUUCUAUGCGGCUGCUCCCCCGGGGGUUUCUUUGACCGGACCGCCCCGAACUUCGUCGAGCGAUUCCGCCUCUCGACUGAACGUCCCGCGGAGCCUGGCCCCGCCCGCAUCGCCUCUCUCGCGGCCAUCCAGCAGCUCUCGAGUCCCGCAACAAGAGAGUUCCGACGAUGAUUAUAGCAGCUCUAACGGGGGUUCGAUGUUUUCAAAGCCACGCAAGCUAUCGUCUUGCAGUGCCGUGUCUAUGCCCCAUUCGCCCAUGUCUCCCAUGGCCCGUUCCCAUCCUCGCUCGCCAUCUCUGAGCUCGGAGACCUCAAACAACGGGAAUCACCUGCCGCGUCCGUCGUACAACUUCUCGCGCCCGCUUAGUCGGUCGAGCACCAGCGUUUCUGCACCCGCUCCCACCAUCUCCUCGGAGCCAGCGUCUGGCGCUCCGCCUGGUGCCAUGAGUCGUGGACACAAGCCCACUCCCAUCAUGGUCCCAUCUCACUCCGAUCUAGCUAACUAUCUUGGGGAGGAUCCGUCGUCCGCCGUCUCUUCAUACAUCUACGCCAAAUACUCCCUUCCUCGUGGUCGAAACGUGUCGCGUGACUCGGUAGUGUUCUCCGGUCUGCAGACUCCUCAUUUUGAAUGGCAGGAGCCAUUGUUCGAAAGCCCAGAGCAGAUGAAAAAUGCGGAGCCGCCCUUGCCGGCACGAACUCCAUCGCCGCCGCCUUCACGCCAGGGCUCGAUUGCAUCGCAGCAAACCCCUUCCGUGUACGAACAAGCGCCCUCCGAGCGCCGGCUGUUGACUUCCGACGCGGCCUCCUCAUCCGACCAUAUUCCGCCGUCUCCCAAGACCACACCCUCGGAGCCGGCACCCGCGGAGCCUGUGCCUUCAGACCCUACGCCCUCUGUCCCUGCACCUGAAGAGCAGCCGACCUCGGAAGCGCCCCCCGCGGAUGACAAGAACGAAACCAACUCAUCGGCCGACUCGGCAUCGACUCUUCGGCCGCAGACAGCAAGGCCGACGUCGUCAUCUGGUGUUAUCACGGCGGAUGAACACGUGACAAAGGGAAUCGAAUGCCAUGAGAAAGGAUCUUUGAAAGAAUCGACCUACCACCUCCGGAUUGCGGCCAAGCAAAGCCAUCCCACGGCCAUGCUGCUCUAUGCUUUGGCGUGUCGACACGGCUGGGGCAUGCGCCCGAAUCAGCGGGAGGGCGUUCAGUGGCUGCGGAAGGCCGUGGACUCGGUCGGCGUGGAACUCGUGGACGACUCCAACACGUCCAUCCCGGCCCGGGCUAGAGAGCUCCAAAAAGCUUAUCGAGCCCAGUUCGCGCUGAGUAUCUACGAGCUCGGCGUCAGCCACCUCAACGGCUGGGGCAUUGAGCAGGAUAAAUCUUUGGCCCUGCGGUGUUUUGAGAUUGCCGGGCAGUGGGGCGAUGCCGAUGCCCUCGCCGAGGCAGGUUUCUGCUAUGCCGAAGGUGUCGGCUGCAAGAAAGAUCUGAAGAAAGCGGCCAAAUUCUACCGACGGGCAGCAGCGAAGGGUAUGAACAUGGUUGGAAACAGCUGGAUUUAUAAGGACAAAUAUAUGUCCGAUGACGAAUCUAAUACUCAAUCGCGUGGUCGCGGUCGUGGCCGCAGCCGGCAAGGCGGCACGCCAGAAAAGAAACAGCGCAGCAAGUCCCGGACCCGCAGUUUAUUCCAGCGCAAGAAAUCGGUCGCUGCUGAAGCUUGAAUUCCUGAAAAUUGGUUUUGGAGCGAGAUGCUUGUCCGUGUUCAGCCGGAAAAUGCCAUGGCCAUUGCUGUCGGUCCUGGUUCCAUGCUUUCCAUUUCUUCUUUCCCCCAU